GAGAUAUCCUGAGCUUCGCCCCCACCUUGAGCGUCCCACCGCAGAUCCCAGGCUUCUGCGCCAUCCCGGGGCAACCUUCAACAAGGACUUAUAACUCCACUCACUACCCAUAAAAAAUAUCCCAAACAAUGCCCACAACCCGAAGCUCGCGGGCAGCCAAGCCCGUCCGGUACUCCGUCGAUCCAUACCAAGACCUAGACAGCGACGCCGAACACCCCGAAGAGAACGAAGACGAUGAAUACCACAUCCCAGAGAAAACUAGAUCCUCCAGCCGACGGGGUCCACCAAAGAUUUCCAGACAAGAUGAAUCUGCAUCGGACGCUAAUUCUGACAGCUUUGAAGACGAGGAGGAGGAGGAGGGGGGGGAGGAAGACGUUUAUGUCUCUGAAGAAGAGACCCCACGGAUGCGAGGGAGUGCACGAAAAAGGGGGAAAGUAGGAGGGAGAAUAUCUGAAGGAUCCUCUGGUCGCCGCAGGGACGCCACCGCAUUAACAAAUUCAGCAAGUGCUCGGGUCCACCGCCGACACGAAUUCCGUGCUCCUAGGGCUUCGAGAAAGCGUCGGAGGAGAGCUGCUAGUGAGGAUACGACUAAUUCCGAUGCGGAGGAGGACGGAUUUCUUGCUCUUAAACUGCCAAAUCCUGGUGUCAAACUUACCUACCGUCCCCGGAUUAAUCAGGCAACUGGAAAGCGGGAGAGGCUAUUCACCACAUACGGAAUGAAUACUCAUGCGCUGGUAAUUGCCACGGGUGUCCGAGACCGCUCUUUGGGGGUCCCGGCAGUGCCGGAAGAGGGCAGUUUUGAGCCGAAUCCUUUCUGGCAGGAAGGGCAGGAUGAAUUAGUCGAUUUAGGUGAUGGGAUGCAGGAGGCUGAGAGGAUGGAGUAUUAUGGCGCGAAUUCGGAAGAUGGGACAGAGGCCACUGCAGAGAUGUAUAUGCCAUCUAAAGUCGAGGAGCCAAUCAAGUGUAUCAUUGGUCCCGGAGCUGAGCAAAAACUGUUGACGUUCCAAAGGUUUGGGAUAUUUAACCUGAAGGAAUCUGGAGAACAUAAAAAGGGAUACAUAUUAAACGCUGGAGGACACGUGGUAAGUAUGGAAUGGGCACCAAAUAGGCCAAAAGGUACGGAGAAGAGUUGUUCCCCGCGCCAUUUCUUGGGGGCUAAUCUUGAUAUAAGGCGUUCAGUAUCUCGCGAUAUCUACCAAAAAAUCAGGUCCCGAUAGAUCACAGUUCCCAGAACCGAAACUAAUGACAAAGUCUAUAUAUGCCCCUGAACCCUCCCCUUCAUGCAUACAGAUCUGGCGCUUCCCUACUUCUGAGGAUGUAAAGCCCAGUGAUCCGCCGUCCAUGGCAUUGGCUUUAUGUCAUGAAUGGGGCUAUGCGCAACACCUCUCAUGGUGUCCGAUAAAGAAAACACCAGGGAAUGAAAGGGAGCUAGGCCUACUCGGGGGUGUAUUCCGAGACGGAAAAUUGAGAGUAGUGAGAAUUGUCCUACCAGACGACGAUACCGACGGCGAUUGCAUCUUCUGUGGGCCAUAUCGUUCCUCUGAUCUAGUUCCACGAGUGAUUACUGAUGACUUUGGCUUAUUCAAAAGUGAAGAUAAUAGAACCAGCGUUUGAAUGCUCAAUAAAGGACUCCAUGUGCUCUUCUCUAGCCUGGAUAUCCGACCACGAGGUCGUGGCCGGUACCACAACCGGAGAAAUUGCAGUAUGGGAUCUGCGCUAUAAGUUCGAGGGGGGUACCAGCCACUCAUUCCCUUGCUCUUAUACUCGAGGAGCGAAACUAACGCGCCUUACAAUAGAGUUCAUACCCACCCAACUCUUCCCCCUCCACCACAGCUACAUAACUCAGCUUGCAACCUGCUACCCAUCCUUCCCCCACCACAUUCUAACCGCCUCAAUGGACGGCUACUGCCGUUUAACCUCCCUUCUGGACCCUUUUGCGGACACAAUAGUCAACAACCGCUCCCGCAUUGCGCCUCAGUCAAUCACCUGGGUCGACGCUCUCCAAGCCGCCGUGUCUAGUGAAGAAGGAGCAUGGAUAAAGUACUACCCGCUCCGCCGUUUCUACUCCUCAACCAUGCUCGCCCGGCACGCUGGCGUCAGCAGCUCCGUCGCCUCCUCCAGAAUGCACACAUUUGUGUUGAGUGGGGGCACCGAGGGAGAGGCUAUCUUUUCGAACCCGGCACGGAGAAUGUUUCACGCGAAGAUCAAGAAUUACCAGCAGACUUGGUUCCAGCUAGAGUUUGCGCAGAGCACGGGGAUGUUUAGGAUUAACGAGGGGUUUAAGCUCGAGAUGAAGGAGCCGCUCAGCGCUAUGGUUCAUUCGACGGUAGGUUUAUUUUCAGCAGGGGGGAAGAGGGUGGGUGGAAUUGACUAGCUGAUUGUGCGAUUGAUAGGUUUACCCAGAGCAAUCUGCCAUUACUUCUGUCUGCUGGAACCCCAACGAUAAUUGUGGAGGAUGGGCUACUGCGGGGACGGCGUGUGGGUUGGUAAGAGCCGAGGAUGUCACGAUAUAUACUAAGUAAUCGAAUUCGGCGAUACGAGAGGUUUGGUCGUAACCCCAACAGGGGAUAAUAACGCGGCUUAUUGAUUGGGCUCAUGGGAGAUGAGGCCCUGUUAUGUCUCUCAUGAAUCACACCUAGGAAAGCCAUCAUUAAUACACAUAACAGUAAUUUUUAACCAACCUACCCGCAUUAUCCCCUACAACCUUCGCCCAAUCACAGUUCAUGAUUCGCGUGAUCCUCAUCAGAUUAGUGUUAUCUAAUCAGAUCAACUGUGACUGGCAGUUCCAAGAAAAGCCCUAAUCAAUUGUCACCGCCCCAAACCCUCAAAUGCACCCAACAACCACACCCACAGAACCGCAUCAACCCAGGCAAAACCAAACUUUCGACCAGCAGCACUCAGGAAUUUCCACGACGCCGCCCCGAAAACUCACGGACUCCACUCCCCCCCAUCAAUCCCAAUCUUCCACAACUAACCCACCAAGCAGCAAGUCAAAAUGGCAAAAAGAGGGUAUAAUCCCACCCCGCUUCCGCACUCUACAAUUUCCCCGGAAGGCUAAUGAAAUGAAUAAAGCCGUGGAGGUGCCUCCGGGAACAAGCUCAAGAUGACCCUCGGUCUCCCCGUCGGCGCGGUGAUGAACUGCUGCGACAACAGCGGUGCCCGCAACUUGUACAUCAUCUCCGUUCGGGGAAUCGGUGCUCGUCUUAAUCGUCUCCCGGCCGCCGGUGUCGGCGACAUGGUUAUGGCCACAGUGAAGAAGGGAAAGCCUGAAUUGCGCAAGAAGGUUAUGCCAGCAGUUGUUGUACGCCAGAGCAAGCCGUGGAGGAGGGCUGACGGGCUUUACCUGUAUUUUGAGGAUAAUGCUGGGGUGGUACGUACAUCCCUGGGGGAGCCGAUUUUGGGAGAAGGAGAAUUAACGACGGUGGGGUGGGGUGGUUAGAUCGUCAAUCCUAAGGGCGAGAUGAAGGGAUCUGCUAUUACUGGCCCUGUCGGCAAAGAGGCGGCGGACUUGUGGCCUGUGAGUUAUCCGUGCCUUUCUCCUUAGAACCUUAAACUGAUUAUCUAUUCCCCCUAGCGUAUUGCUUCAAACUCUGGUGUUGUAAUUUAAAAAAAAAAGCAAAUGGGAUUUCUAAAGCAAAACAUAAAAGGUCGUUCGGUUCCUCUAGGUCCUUAUUCGCCAUUUUCCCUCUGUCUCUUUUCUCUUUCCUAUUUCUCUCUACAACUACUUUCUUCCGGAGUCUACCACGCUUUUCAUGUGAUUGAGGGACGGAGGCUACUGUGGCGCUUGGGGAAUAAAUGGAUCCUUGUCCUCAUGAAAUGGGUUUGGAUGGUGAGAACCUGGUUGAGGAUUGGGCUUUGGUCGGCCGUAUGUUGAUUGGUUCCGGAAUUCCUCGCUGAACGGAAGCGGGAACGAACAAAAAACACUUUCCUCACCGCAAGGCGAGACAGUCUCCAAGACAUCCGCUUCCCGGCACGCCAGUAACUCACAUUUAACUCGUGCCAUACCCAAUCGUGGCUCCCUAGUUAACCUCAAGUGUUGCAUGCCAUACCGGUAUCACCCAUCAACUUAACUUACGGUAUACUCCUUUACAGGACCGUACUCGUACAGAACUCAAUUUCGCCUGUUGCCCAAGGUGUGCCUCAGGGCUCCGUAGUUCCGCUUCUACCGAAUUCGCGAACCCCCCCCCUUUUUUAAAAAAUUCCACCCGUAAUAUAAGCUUGUAUGAUAGGAUCCCCAUACGGAUGCCAAAAUACCGGUACUCGAGUACCGUUAAGCGGG